GAGAGAAAUAGACAAAUAGAUUUAUUAGUUUAUCAACUCUCUCUCUACAACUAAGCAAGAAAAGAUGUCUAUGGAAGAUUCUCAGCCAUUGUUUGUAAUCGACAACCCUUUUACAACUAAAAAGCGUAAAUCGACAACAAAAAUCGAUGAUGCACUGGUAGAGAAAAAAAAGAAGUAUGACUUAGUCAUAUCGAAGGAUGAAUCCUCGUUUAAAAGUAUCCCACCGUAUUCGAUAUACAUAUCGCAUGGGUUUAACCUGGAAAUUAAAGAAUUCAGACAACAGUAUUAUAUAUGUUUAGCGAAAACAACUGCUAAAGGCGAGAUACAGAAUAGAUUCAACAUCCCGGUAAAAGAAGUUAAAUUUUUAUUCAAGCUUUGAACACAGUUCAAAAAUAUCUGGAAGAUUUCAUUUGAAUAAAUGAAAAUCUAUGCGUAAGUAAUUUUUUUAAUAUAAUGUUUUUUAAAAAAUUAUGUAAUUUAAUUGAUUUUUUUUUUUAAAAAUAGAAUUAUUGCGAACG